UGCCGCGGCACCGCCGGGCCGCGAGGGUGGCGCUGCCGCCGCCGCCACCGCCUUCGCGCCGCUCCCUCCGCCGCGCCGCCGCCCCGCCCUCAGCCCCGCGGCCGGCUCGGAGCGCCGCGGCCCGCGCCAUGGAGGCCCCCCCCCGUGACCAUGAUGCCCGUCACGGGCGGCACCAUCAACAUGAUGGAGUACCUGCUGCAAGGGAGCGUGUUGGACCAGAGCCUAGAGAGCCUGCUGCACCGCCUGCGCGGCCUCUGCGACAACAUGGAGCCGGAGACCUUCCUGGACCACGAGAUGGUGUUCCUGCUGAAGGGGCAGCAGGCCAGCCCCUUCGUGCUGCGGGCACGGCGGUCCAUGGACAAAAGCGGGAUGCCCUGGCAUCUGCGCUACCUGGGCCAGCCCGAAAUAGGCGACAAGAACCGCCACGCGCUGGUGCGCAACUGCGUCGACAUCGCUACUUCGGACAACCUGACGGACUUUCUGGUGGAGAUGGGCUUCCGCAUGGACCACGAGUUUGUGGCCAAAGGGCACAUGUUCCGCAAGGGCAUCAUGAAGAUCGUGGUGUACAAGAUCUUCCGCAUCCUAAUGCCAGGAAACACGGAGAGCAUCGAGCCGCUCUCCCUCUCCUACCUGGUGGAGCUCAAUGUGGUAGCGCCAGCAGGACAGGAUGUCGUUUCUGAUGACAUGAGGAAUUUUGCUGAGCAACUGAAGCCUCUAGUGCACCUGGAAAAAAUCGACCCUAAAAGGCUAAUGUGAUUGAAAAGCUGGGCAGUUAAGGGAUGGGGUUUGUUCAUGUUCCUGAAGGGGAAGCCUUUUGAGGGCAAACCGAAACAGGGGGAGGGGAAUAAAGGACUACACAUCAGUGUUUUGUCCACUGCAA